AUGCCCUCUCUUCGCCGCACCCUCUCCACCCCUUCCGUCCGCUCAUCGCCCUACUCCUACCCCUCCAGCUCCAGCUCCAGUUCCAGCUCAGCUGCGAAUGCCCACGCGACUCGUGCUGGCCCCCACCAGCCUCGCCGCUCCUCGGGUUCCGACACGAACAACCGCCGUGUCCUCGCCGAUCUCGACUGGUGGGUCGUUCAGGAUGGCCAGCGCGAGUACGUUGGGCCAUCGCCCGAGCAGGAAGAGUCCCAAGAGCACGGUGCGGCGGAGAACGCGCAGGUUCGCACUCUCGGCGCCCACGUCCCGUCCCCGCAAGGCGUCGACCCCUCAGCCCCCACCCUGAUGCCCCUCACCACUGCCGCUCACGCCCUCGGCAGCUAUGAAAGCCAGGUCCUCUCAAGCCCCUUGUGGGAUCUCUCCUUCGACGGCUCCAUUGGCACGAGCUCUCCCCAGAUGAUGUCUCCUCUCGCCGGUUUCGCCGCCCUCUCGGUGGGCCCGAGGACCCCUCUCCGCAGGUCUGCCUCCGAGUCCUCCGACUCGUCCGUCGACAGCUCCCCUGCCUUCAACUCGUCCUCCCUCCUGCCCACAUACAUGGAUGUCCUCAACGGUGCUACCCCCGCGUACCCCUCCGUCUUCGCCUCUGGCAUCGCUGCCCGUAGGCCCACCGGACGUUCGGUGCCCAUCACAUCCAGGUCUGUCAGCUACUCGGCGGUCGAGUUCCGGCUCUCCACGGCACGCGUCCACGACGACCGCUUUGAGGACAUCGUCCCCUCCCCCCCUCCGUUUUUCUCGUCGACCAUGGGCGACAGCGACAUCGACGACCUCUUCUAUGAGUGA